GACUCAGGCCGAGCUAGACCAUACGGUGUUUACUCGCGUUGGCCGGCCGACCCGUCACGAGAUUCUCACUCGCGUGUCUCCAUUUGACUCGACUGGGCUGGACUGGACUCUCGGCUCGGCUCGCCCGUCGAUCUAGCAAAUUGGAGCCGUAUCAGGAGUACCGAGAAAGGGAAGACCAUCGCGCUCCUGAUAACUGUAAUAUCUGAGGCAUAUCGCGUAACGAUAACGCUUUGUGCAACAUCGUUUUCACGACGAUUAUUGCUGCUGAGAGAGAAAGAAAGAGAAAGAGAGAGAGAGAGAAAGAGAGCGAUCUUGGUUGCGGAACUCGUACGACUAUCGCGCGUUACGUGGGACGAAAAAAGAGAGGGAGAGAGAGAGAGAGGGAGGGAGGGGGAAAGAGGAGCCGAGAGAGAAGAGGAAUAAAAUCAGUGGAAGCCGCGUCGAGAACGACUUCUAUUCCACUUUUAUCUCCGUACUUCGCCAGAGACCGCCGCUGGCGAGGCUGGUCACAUAACGAGCCCGGUGAUGCCGCGUAAAACCGGUCAUCAGUAUGUAGAUCUGGCUCCAACGACGGCAGCAGUAAGAGCAGACAGGCGGAUUCGGUCCACGUGAAAGUGGUGCAGGGCCGCGACGGCGAAUCGCCAACAAGAGGGACCGGUUGAUCCUGCGUCUAUAACGGGAUCACGGUGUUAUUGCAGCUUAUCAGCUUGCAGGUAGAAAAUUGUCGCAGUCCAGCUCGGAACGUAUCUACGUACGCGAGUGUAACGUCCUAUUUCUUCGGAGACUACCAUUCGUUCGCUUCACAUUGUAAGGUAUUUGUGAAGAAGAACAAACCAUCUACGACAGAGGAUUGCGUAAUGUAGUGCGAGAAAAAGUCGAAGCGCCGCCACACGAAACGUCAGCAAAGCUUAUUUGCAACUGACAUUGCAAUCUAGAUUCGCAUCGCCAAGGACGUCGAUUAUCGAGGGUACGCAUUCGAUAGUAACCGAUUGUGAUCGUGUUUCCCAAUCGAAGCGAAAAAAAUGGCGCUCAUCUGUAGCGAGGAGCAGCAGGCGAUGCUCCGGCAUGAAGCCGACAGCGGAUACGAAAAGGCGCCGAGCGCGAAGAGGUUCUGCGAGGACAUCGAGAACAACAACAGCCUCAACAAUUUCAAGAGCAGUCACGGGAGUGCGUCGCGGAACAGGGGCGAAAUGGCCGCGCAGUACUCGUCGAAUGCGAAGGGAGUGUUGGCGCAGUGUUUAGUAACAGGUGCUGUAUUGCUGUUGGCUACCGGUGGCGGCAUGCCGAUUGGUUACAGCGCUGUCAUGUUGCCGCAAUUGUCGGAACCCAACAGCACCGUGCGCGUGAAUCAAGAACUCGGCUCCUGGAUAGCCUCCAUUCACAGUCUGGCCACCCCUUUCGGCUCGCUGAUGUCAGGCCCGCUCAUCGAGGCGAUCGGCCGCCGAGGCUGCCUCCAGCUGUCGGCGAUACCAAUUUGCGUGGGCUGGCUGAUCAUCGGCUUCUCGAGGAGCGUGACUUCUAUUUUAGUAGGAAGGGUCAUCUGCGGCCUAUCCGUCGGCUUGAUGGCAGUGCCCGCGCAGGUGUGGCUAGGAGAAACGGCGGACACAGGUCUCCGCGGCGUCCUGGUGUGCGGCGGCUUCGCCGCGUACUGCUUGGGUAUUCUGCUGGUUUAUAUUCUCGGCGCCUCCUUCAACUGGGACUUGGUGGCCUUCUACGGGAUCGCACUCCCCGUCUUCUCCUUCAUCGCGUUCUGCCUGCUGCCCGAGAGUCCUGUCUGGCUCAUCAAACGGAAGAAAAUCGAGAAGGCCCGGAAGGCGCUUCUUUGGCUACGGGGUGGAGAUGCCGAACAGACGAACACGGAGGUGGCGAUGCUGGAAGCGAGGAUAACGGCCGACCUAGUCGAGAGGCAGCGUCAGGUCGUGGACGUCUCGCUGAGGCAACGCAUCUCCUCGAUGAUGUCCGUCGUCCGGGACCCGGGCGUGCUGAAGCCGCUGAUCAUCAUCAACGUGUUCAAUAUUCUCCAAUUGUGCAGCGGGACCUACAUUAUCGUAUUCUACGCCGUCAACCUCGUCCAAGAUAUGGACGGCGGCAGCGUCGACAACUAUCUUGCAGCUGUGGUGACGGCUGUCGUGAGAUUCGUCUUCUCCAUCGUCUCUUGCGUCAUGUUCCUCCGGAUAAGGAGACGAAUCGUAGCUAUUAGCUCGGCGCUCGGCACGGCUGUCGCCUCGCUGGUGCUCGCAGGAUACAUGCUCGCAAGGCAAGAAGGAUCCUCCGUGGAUUCGUACCUGUUGGCCACGUUCCUGCUGGUCUACGUGGCCGCGAACACGGUGGGUCUGGUGACGCUUCCGGCGCUGAUGGUCGGCGAGCUGAUACCGAUGCGGGCGCGCGGCAUCGGCGGCGGCUGCUGCUUCUUCAUCUUCAACCUGUUCAUGUUCCUCAUCACCAAAUGCUUCCCAGCGGUGAACAACGCGAUUGGCGUGACCGGGAUCUUCACCGUCUUCGGCAUCUUCAGUCUAUUGGUGGCAAUUUUCCUCUACCUCUUUCUACCGGAAACCAAGAGCAGCACGCUCGAGGAGAUCGAGGAUUAUUUCAAGCAAAGUAAUCUGCUUUGGGUGACGAGGGAGGGAAACCAAAGGAGGAACACGAUCACGGUGGAUAAAACUUGAGCGUUCAUCUUUCCUUUUCUCACCCUCUCUCUCUCUCUCUCUCUCUCUCUCUCUCUCUCUCUCUCUCUCUCUCUCUCAGAGCACGUGUAAAUAAAUACGAUAUGUAACUAGCGUUAGAUUGUAAUUUAUAUUCGACUACGGCGUUAAUCAACCAUACGUCUCGUUAUAUGAUAUAUUUUUUUAUAUUGAAAUGAGAUUUGCGAUUGUGUAGAUAAUGAUGUUUUUAUAUCACUAUUUUGUAUCGUAAGGUAUUUCUGUAACUCGUCGAAGUGAGAAAACGCUACAACUCGUCGCGCCACGUGCACGCGCGACGUCGAUCAAAUUUUUAAUCGAGGAAAACUUCACUCGAUCUUUGUGUCACUCACGUUUUGAAUAAAACGAUAUCUCUCACGA